AUGUGCUUCAAGACUCCUGGCCUCUUCUGGCUGUUCAGUUUGACUUGCACAGUGAUAUGCGACCUGUCAGACCUUGACCUGCAGCCCAACGAGUCGCAGUAUGAGAAAUUUCUCCGACAACAUUUUGUCAGAAAAAUGAACCCCAACCAGUGUGACACCAUGAUGAAACUGAGGAAGAUCUAUGGUGAUAAGAAAAUGACCUGCAAAGUAACAAACACAUUCAUUGCUAAAACCACCAAAAAAAAUCUGAAGAAGGUCUGUCUAAAUGAUGGUAAGGCUUAUAAUAACAAGAAAAAUCUGCACAUUAGCAAUAAGCCUUUUUCUCUGAUCACAUGUAAACUCAAAGGAAAUUCCCAGAACCGCCCCUGCAGUUACAGGGGAUCUGCCAGCUAUGGAAAAAUUGUGAUUGCGUGUGAGAAAAACCUGCCUGUGCACUUUGAAAGAGGCAUUAUGCUGUCUGACCUUAACUCCACAACUGUUUCGAACACUUGUAACCCGAAUGAGUAA